AAUGGAAGUAGUCGAUCUUCGUCGAAUAAAUAUCUACUUUAAUUGCCCAAUUGUUGCUUCCAAUUCUCUGAAAGCCCCGCCGGGUAAGUCAUGCUCUCAUCCCAGAAAUCUCAGUCUGCAUACCAAAAGGAGACGCAGCAUUCAUCUCUCUACAUCCCCAGCCCCAGUACUUACAGAGCUGGUUGAUCAGACUGAGCAUUCACUUGCACAAGAGGAUUAUUAUUAUGACUCCGGAAAAUUUGCUGUGUUUCCGAAUGUACAAUUCCUGAGGAACUUCCCAAGAAAUGAGCUAUUUGGAAAAGUUGUCAUGGUCAGGUUUGAUACACUGAUCUUACUUCAAGGGAUGAAGGAACAUAAACCAUUGCCAGAAAGUGCUUUCUUCACCAUUAGGUACUUGUAUAAUUCAAGGGCAAAAGUUUUUCUUGUGGGUAGCUGGAAUGAAAGUGCAAAUCCUAAGUUCAAUAUGGAAGGAAGUCUCUCGACAAAAUCUGUUGCAGAUUUCCUGUCAUCCAUGCUUGAACUUGAAGUUGUUCUGGUGAAACAUGUUUCAGGGUUCAUGCAUUUACAUGCGGAUGAUAUUAAAAAACCCGGCAUUCUUUUGGUUGAGAAUCUUUUCUGCUUCAAGGGGGAAAGAGCAAACUGUUCAGAGUUUGCCAAAGAACUUACUUCUGGGGUUGAUAUAAUUGUGAAUGAUGCCUUUUCGGAGUCUCAUAAAGUUCUUGCUUCUACAGUUGGUGCUGCUAAAUUUUGCAAUGCCUGCAUCGCUGGGUUUUACUUUGAGGAGGGCCAAUAUAAGCUGAAGGAAAUCAUCAAAAUCAGUGAAAGGCCCUAUAUGGCUGUUAUAGGUGGAAGCAAACUGGCAGACAAAGCUGCAGCCUUGCAGUCUUUAGUAUCUAAAAAUACAUGUGAUGGUUUAGUCUUUGUUGGAAAUAUGGCUUUUCAAAUAAUGCAUGCUCUAGGAACACCCGUUCCGAUGAAACUGGUAGAAACUGGAGCUCUAGAAGAAGCUGCUAGGAUAAUGGAGUUUGCAAAAUCUAGAAAUAUUGCAGUUAUUCUGCCUCAAGAUGUUUGGUGCAUCACAGAUGAUGUGUCAGAGAAGAUUCAGAUAGCUUCUGUUCAUUCUAUCCCUGAAGGUUGGCAACCUGUUGAUAUUGGACCAAGAUCAUUAGAAGAGAUGGCAUAUUUUCUUUCAGUGAGCAAGAAAAUAACAUGGCUUGGCCCAUUGAGAUUUAGCUCUAGAACGCAGGACAAAGAUGGGACUUUUAAACUUGCAGAAGCACUUGGUACUCUAAGCAAUUGCAAUGUAACUUUCGUUGGAAAAAUGGAAUUUGAAGAAUCACUUUGGAAAUCAAAGUCUUAUUCACAUGAUAAUUUUCUCAAAAGUGCUGCUGUUGUUUGGGAGGUUCUAAAAGGAGGAAAACUUCCUGGGCUAUUGGCAUUGGAUAGAGCGUAUCCCUUUGUGGUAGACUGGAGUGUUGUCUAUGAUGAUCCAAUGAGACCUCUGGUUGUUGAUGUUGGGAGUGGAAAUGGCUUGUUUUUGUUUGGAAUGGGGAGGAGAAGAAAUGAUAUGAACUUUCUGGGGCUCGAAAUGAAUGCAAAGCUGGUGGUCCGUUGUCUAGAGGAUGUUCAUCUACAUGGCACCCACAAUGUGCACUUUAUUGCAACAAAUGCAACAUCAACUUUUCGGUCCAUAGUUUCCAGUUACCCAGGGGAUUUGUUUCUUGUUUCAAUACAGUGUCCGAACCCCGACUUCAACAAACCACAAUUCCGGUGGAGAAUGUUGCAAAGGUCAUUAGUGGAAGCAAUAGCCGAUAAUCUAGUGCAGGGUGGGCAGGUAUUUCUCCAAUCAGAUAUAGAAGCUGUUGCUAAGAAAAUGAAAGAAGAGUUCUUGAUGUAUGGUAAGGGACAGCUCGAAGUUAUGGAAACUGAAGAAUUAGGAUGGCUGAAAGAGAAUCCACUUGGAGUGCCAUCUGAUUGGGAAAGGCAUGUGUUAGGUCGUGGUGAUCCUAUGUACAGACUCUUACUUUCUAAAGUGGAAAACAGAGACUGAAGCAUAGGCAUUCCUUGCUUGCAAUGGUCAUUUCAUGGCCUGUGAUUCUCUGUAAGCUGUUUCUAAUUGAUUAUAAUAAAGUGAAAAAAAACUCCUUAAACUA